AUGUUUAACUUUUAAAACAUCUUGAAAUGGUUGAAAAAUACAAAAUGUUUAUUUGACAGAGAAAGUAGUGUCAGUAAUAUUUGAAAUCGGUAUAUUUUCAAAUAAAAAUCAAACGAAACUAAUUUGCAUAAAUAAUUUUUUCAUAAUAUGUAUUUAAAUCCUCAUAGCUAAAUAUUAAAAUAAAUUAUUAUUGUCUGUUGAUACCUGGUACGGUAGAUUGAUGAUGUCAGCAAAAUUGUCUCUUUCAAGAAGGAUUUUUAUUCAGAAGCAUUUCUACGAUGUGUGUUUAAAAAAAGAAUUAAAGGUGCACAUAAAUAUGAUAAAUAUUUAAAAACUAUAGUGCUAGCCAGCGCCUCUUCUUCUAAUGCGUGAUACGCAACUUUGAGGCUAAUUAUCAACAGACGACAUAUCAUAUUCGUUGUUUGGGCAACACCAAGUGACUCUUAUUCUGCCUCUCAAGCAGCGAGUUUCAUAGCGACUCGUAAUUGCUGAAGCCAUCACGAGUCAACUGUAAGUCAGGGCAGCAAUUAGUUAAUUUCGUGGUCCGUGAUGCUUUGUUGCGUCAAGUGUGUCUUCCUCCUCCUCAGGGUGUGGCGACACUCAGGUAAUACUCGCUCGCGGGCUCAGGUGUGCUCUUCAGUCACGCUAUGAGCCUACCCAAGGAAGCUGCCGCCGCGCGUAGCUGAAUUUUAGGGCCCAGAAACAGCGUCCAGAAGAUUUUUGGAUAUAUUGCAAUUUCGACAUCGAUGACACCAUGAGGUUGGUUCAGCUUACGGUGCUUUUCGCCCUGACUGUGACCCUGGUUUCGACACAGUCCUACAGUAACUUUGGAUUGGGAGACGAGCGGCACACAUUAGAGGCGAGCGAUUUCUUGCGGCAGUACGAGGUGCAGUCUGUGGGGUCUUGCAAGGCCCUGGUCACGGCCCAGUGGGACUACGCCACCAACGUGACGACCGGAGGCGCAGCUUAUGCCGCUUCAGAGCAGUCCAGAUAUGACAAGUUUGUGCGAUCGGCGUGGCGCCGAGCGGAAUCAUCCGUGCACUGGAGGUCGUUGUCUGUAUCUCAGCCUAGAAUUUACAGACAAUUUCUACGACUAGCAAUGCGUGCGAGGGAAACGUCCGCCGGAUUGACAGACGAGACGGCCAAGGAAAUGGAAAACUUGCUCUCGGAAAUGCGAGAUAUUCACAGCAAAAGCCACGUUUGUCCCGCCCCGGGGUUGGAGAACGCGAUUGCGGUGCUGACUGGCAAUUAUAACAAUUUGUACUCGUCCCCUCUUCAAAGGUGCUCGCUACACUUGGACCCAGAGCUCGUGUCCAUCUUGAAAACAUCAAGAGACCCGGUGAUGCUGACGUUCGCGUGGAAGUCGUGGAGGGACGUCGUUGGACCGCCAAGUAAGCCGCGGUUUUUGAGACUGGUUGAAUUGAGCAACAUUGCGGCGAGGAGAAAUGGAUACAGGGACGCUGGUGAGCAAUGGCGUGUUGAAUUCGAACAGGACAUCGCUCCAGGGGCUGGGCCGGGCUUGGAGCAAGCUGCCGCCUCUGCCUGGGCCCAAAUCGAGCCCCUUUACCGCCAGCUGCACACCUACGUUCGCCGCAAACUCUCCGUCCGCUACGGAGAGGAUUUAGUGCGACCCCGUGGGCCCAUUCCGGCCCAUUUACUGGGAAAUAUGUGGUCUCAGUCGUGGACUGCAGUUGAGGAGUUUGUGAUGCCUUAUCCGUUUAAAAGGCUGCCUGACGUGUCGGCAGAGCUCUCACGACAAGGAUACACGCCACUCAGUUUGCUGCAAGUUGCUGAGCAGUGGUUCACGUCUCUCGGCCUCCCAGCUAUGCCAAAUGAAUUUUGGAGAAAAUCAAUUAUUCAAAAGCCCCUGGACAGGCCAAUACUCUGCAGUUCAUCCGCCUGGGACUUCUGCGACGGCAUCGACUACAGAUUAAAAAUGUGCGCUUCACCGACCUACGCAGACUUCGUCUCAGCGCAUCACGAGCUGGCACAUGUUCAAUAUUACAUGCACUACGCAGCGCAGCCCCCGCUAUUUAGGGAGGGCGCCAAUCCAGCCUUCCACGAAGCCGUGGGAGAAAUGGUGACUUUAACAGUUACAAAUCCCGACCACCUCCAACGCUUGGGUCUGUUUGCCGGCAAUAACUCCAGCGAUGAAGAAAUACACAUAAACUACUUGAUGCGAAUCGCUCUAGAGAAGCUUGCGUUUGUGCCUUACAGCUACAUUGUGGAUCUGUGGCGAUGGAAGGUCUUCAGCGGUGAGUACAGCGCCAAGGAGUUGAAUGAGAGGUGGUGGCAGCUGAGACUUGGGAUUCAGGGGAUCGCACCGCCUGUACGAAGGUCUGAGAGGGACUUUGACAUUGCCGCAAAGAAACACGUUGUGACACACCGGCCAUAUAUUGGUUACAUGGUGAGCAGUCUACUGCAGUUCCAAAUUCUACAGGCCCUCUGCAGAACUGCUGGACACAGGGGCAACCUCCACAGGUGUGAUUUGCAGAACAGAAGGGAAGCAGGAAAAUUACUAAGCCAACUGAUGUCGUCUGGAUCGUCAAAGCCUUGGCCUGAGGUGCUGAGAGACCUGACAGGUGGUGACCAAGCUUUACUGGACCCGAGAGCCUUGCUCGAAUAUUUCACGCCGCUGGAGCAGUGGCUCAGGGUGCAAAACGGCAGGGAAGGUCUAGAGCGGUGGGACCUGAACGAUCCUGGUAUGCGGAAAGACCACAUAUACCCUAGAUAACACUGCACUAUGGGAAAGAAUAUUCUCUACCUUGGAGCAGUGCCCCAUGCGUCACAUCGUCAUCAAUCGUAUCAGUGCUAUUAUCUGUGUUGCUGCUUCGAUUGUAAUCAGGAGAACAUUUAUGUAGAAGUAAAAUUGAAAGAGCAUUAACGCCCACUAGGAUGGUCCGACACUUAAUAGGCACAGGAGCAAGCGAGAAAGAGAUAAGUUUUUCCUAUGCUUGUCUUUGAUGUGCCGCGAUCACACGCAAUUCACAUUUUUCUAUUGGGUGAUAAUGAAUGAUGAGGAGACAUAUUAGUGGGGAACUGUUUAUCUAUCCAAUAUGUACAUAUGGGUUUGUAAUUUUAGAAUAAAGACGCACAAUGUCUUAUUUUAUCGCC